AUGUCUGGUAUUGUAAAUACUCCGAAGACUGACAAGGAAGUCAACAUGAAGAAGUACAUUGGUGAAGUCACUUUCAGCCAUUUGUCUAAUAUGAUCAAGAGCGAGAAUUAUCACAACGAAUGUGUAUACAACGACAAAGCGAAUGAUGCUGUAAAGCAAAUAUUUAAGGAGUAUGAAGAGGGGGGUAUCAUGGCCGUACGAAUCUAUAUAUCUGAAGAAAAGAUCAAGAUGUUGAAAGCUGGAGAAUAUGAUGGAAGCUCAGUUGUAUUGAAGAUUCAUGACAUCUUUUCAUAUAUAUUUGACAUGAUCCAAUUCGACUUCCAAAACAGACAUAGUUAUAUGAUGUCUGAGAAUGAAUCCUUUGCUCGGUGGCAAUAUGUUUUCCGUGUUCUUUUUCAGUGCACAAUUAUCCAAGUACGAACUGGUGAGAUUUUGUCCCAAGCCACAAGAGAAGAGAUGAAAGAGGAAAAUGGUGGUUUCAGGUGCAAAAUCGACAUGCUGAUAGUAACUCAUGGAAAGGAUGGAGAAGAGAACCGUGUUAAAUUGGCGUCAAACGAACACGAGGAACCAAACGCUGACGGUUCCAGUACUGUCACACCUCUGGCAGUGGACGUAAUGGGUCUUCGUGGCUACUUGUAUGGUGUCUACAAGCAUGAAGAUGUCUUUGUUGCUGCCAAGAAAUCCGACAAACAUAUUGUACUACCAACGACGCUUGCUGAAUUUGAAGAGUUUUUUGAUACUGGCAGCAUCUUUCUAUUAUUAAAUUACAUAUAUUACAUCGUCUCAGCAGCUGAAGAAAUCUUGCAAAAUCCUGACAAGCAAACAAAAAGAAGAUUCGAAGCAAUGUUAGAUGAUGAAUACCCAGUUGACGACGAUCCUUAA